UUAUGCUGAGAUAAGUGAUUUGCACAGCAGCCCUCAGCGGGGAGUUCAGAAAUUACCAAUGCAGCAGUCUGCCUUCACUUCCACAGAUCAUGGUGGGCGUGACUGUCUCUAUGUCACAUCACUAAGCUGAAUUAGCUAAGCAGCAGCUUUGUGAUUUAAUAGCUUCAUUGGAAUCUUCAGUAAAAUCCUAAAUAUUAAGAAAUGAAGUAAAAGUAUUUGUUUAAUCCUCUGCUGGAAAAAAGAAAAAUCCUGGUUACAUCCUCCUGACAGUUUUUAAUAUCAGUUUUUAAUAUCAGCUGAUGCUUGAGUGGAAUUCAACAAAGCUGCAACAGGGGGGUUCAGGUUGGAGAUCAGGAAAAGGUUCUUUGCCAGAGGGUGGUCGGGCACUGGCACAGACUGCAGGGCAGUGGCCAUGGCACUGAGCUUGCCAGACUUCAAGAAGUGUCUGGACAAUGCUCUUGAACAUAGGAUUUGAACUUUGGGUGGUCUUGUGUGAAGCCAGGAUUUGAACUGUAUGGUCUCUGAGGAUCUCUUCCAACUCAGGAUGUUCUUGGGUUCUAUGAAAUUUUCUUUUUAAUGCUGGCUGGAGCUAUCUGGGUUGGACAUAGAUGGUUCACCCUGUUUGGAGAGUGGGAAGUUUGACUGGUGACCUCUAGGAAUUCACUGUAACCUAAGUUAUUCUGUGAAAAAGCACUGAGUACUUCUGACAUACCAUCUUAUCUUAAAUUGUUUAUUUCCAGAAAGCAAUUUAUGAUGAAGCCCUCAGCAGUUUCUUUAGGAAUGUAGAUACAAGGUAAGUCUUCUUAUCAGAAAACUCUGUGGAUUUAACACAGCAGAUUAACAUUCUAGCAUCUUAUCUUAACCUAAAUUAAAACUCCUUUUUUUCACAUCAGAUAUAGUUUGCAUUAGAAAAAGAUUCUGCUUUUUUGUCUUUCAAGGCACUAUCCUUUUCAUUAUAUUUACUGCAGUAGUUAAAUGUGUUGCAGGUAUUUGGUUUUGCUUUCCUUUCCUUGCAUCGGAAAACUGAACAGUCAAGAUCUGAUAGCUUUUGCUGUUACCAAUCAGGAUGAGACUGCAAGCUCUCUGAAUACUAACUUAGCAGAAUUCACUGAAGACUUGUAAAUGGAAUUAUAUAUAAUAUAAUAUAUAUAAUAUAUAUAUAUAUAGUAUAAGGUGGUCAGAAACGGUCGUGUCAAUUUUUAAAUCUGUUUUAUCUGACUUUUAUCUGUAAUUUGCUGCACAGAGCAGUGGCUGUGAUUUAUUUAAGUUGCCCAGUUCAUACCUUAGGAGCGUUUCACUGUAUGUCUGUCCAGUUACAAAAACUCUUCCAGUUUGCUGAAAAGAAUGGAACAAUUGGACACCUACGUAUUAUUGUUACAUUCUAAUUAGAAAAAAAGCAUUUGACCAGUCUUUAUUUCCUUCCAUUAAGCAGCAAAAGCACAGCAUGCCAUUUUAACUAAAUUGGCAUUGAAAUAGUGUUUUGUCUCAAUUCUUUUCUUAGAAAGUCUUAGAAUAGCCUUUUUUUUUUUUAAUCCAGAAGAUCUAGUUGUAAGCAAUGUCUGUGUUUUUAUAUGUGCCACAUGGAACCACUGAACUUCCUGCAGAUUGACUGCAAUGUAAACAUUUCUCUGUAAAAGGGAAGGACUUACCUUGUUGAGCCCUGUAGAUGUCUCAAGGAAGGUUCCCCUGUGAGAUGUGAGAUUUCAUCUUUUAUGGAGCUGUUCCUUCUACAUGGGAAUCACUUCCCACUUUUGACUGUAGUAUUAACUACAACUUAAGGGGAAAAAAAAAAAAUUCAAACUCUGUGGCAGGUAGCAAUGUUAUGGUCUUUUAUUGUUGUGAGUUUUGAUUUAGUUUUAUCAAAAAGAAAUGCUUCACCUUCCAUGUCACUGCAGUCAUAAAACCCUGUGUUAGAAAAAUGACAAAUUUCAGUCUUCUAUGCUAUGUUGUACCACUUCUCUGGGCAAUUAAUCUAGGUGGAUUGUCUUAUAAGGGAAGUCUGUAAAAACACUGGCAGAUCUAGACAGAUUCACUCUUUUUUACUGAUACUUAUUAAAUGGUGUAGGAUUGGAAGUGGGUUUAUGUAAAUUCUCUGAUUUGUGACCUGCCUACAGAGGAUUUUACACUAGUACUGAAAUAAUGAGGGAUCUGAGCAUUCACACUCUUAACUCUGCUGUCGAUUGCAGUAGGAAGAUGCUUUGGUUGCCCAUGAACUGCACAAUAGAAAGAAAGUUUUAAUUGUUUUUCAAGUAAAAAAUGUAUUUUCAUCUUGGAUAGAAUUGGCCCUUAAUUGCUGUCUGAAAUCACUUAUUUUCACACUUUAGUCACUAUAUUACAAAUUCUUUUGUCCUUCCUUUUCCUUUCCCAUCAAGGAAUACAAAUCACAGCUGGCAACCGAAGCUAUUGGCAUAUGUUGUGGAGGGAUGUGGUUUUUGAGUUUAAAAGCUUUUUGGUUCAGCCUGCAAAAAUUCAUCAACAUGAUGAUCGCUCAUCUCACGUGCUUCAAGAACACACCACCUUCUACAGUAGAGGCUGCUGCUGGUAUUAAUUUUCUAGAAACCAGAUGUCAGAGCAUUCAGCAAAGAGAACACCUGAAAGUCUUCUGUAUUCAUGUCAGCGAUGGCAAGAAGAUUGGCUGUAUAAGAUGGCUGUAUAACGAUAGCUAUUAGAAGCAUCUUAGAUCAGACAAAAUAAUUACCCAGAUAUAUAGCGAACGUAUGAGAUAACGAAGUGUGCUAAUGGGCUAAUUGUAUAACACAGUUUUCAUGUUUGAGUGUUCUAGUGAUAAAUUGAGGUACCCAAACGUUAUUAAAUAUAGAAGAUGAUGUCUUACUCUGAAGAUCAUGCAUAUUUUAUUCAGUCAGCAAGAACUAGUGGUUAUAGGAUGAGCUCAAUAAAAAAUGUAUGGCUUUAUAUGCAGAAAAGCGUGUCUUAGAUAAUCCAGGGAGACUGUAAGGAAUGCAUGGAUUUUUGUGAGCAGCUGAAUGCGAGUGAUUGAAAGUACAGGCGGUCAUGAAAGACCACAAAGACUGAUAAGAGAGAGAGAGAAAGGUGGGCUUUUUUUGUUAUUGUUUAUUUUCUCUCCAGGUUUUGUUAGUCCCUGAAGAGAAAUAGAACUUACUUUGACUGUGGACUCAUACAUUGAAAUGCAUAGGCUGGAGUAAUCAGUGUGAGUCCAGUAGGCUGCUGUGAGUGCUCAGCUAAGGAGAAGUGUUUGGAAAACUGCUUUGGGUGAGGGCGUAGGAGCUCCCUGGGGAAUCCAGUGCAGGCCCAUCCUCCCUUUUUCACUCGUUUGUGAUGGGAAUGAGCACAGUCAAAGCACUUAGUGCUUUCCAGUGACGUUUUAGAAUAUUAUUGCUAUUGAAUGUAGAACAGUAUAAGAUGUGCUUUGAUUUGUUUAAACCUAAGGCUGAUUGCCCCCUAAACUGGGUGGAUUGAGCCAUCUUGCAGUAUCCUUUUUCUUUUCUGUUUCUUUUUUUUUUUUUUUUUUUAAACAGUCUUGAAUACAGUUGGACCAGAAUAGACUCAUCUCAUCCUCUGAGUGCAAAGCACCAGCAUUCAUUAUGGGGAAAAAAAUAUGAUUUUAUGCAAUGCACAGCCCUCUGGGCUGAUUCAGUGCAACCAAUCCUGGAAAAAAGGCUGAUAAAGCUGUGUCAACACAGCGUGGUUUCUGAGUUAGUAAAUCUUAGUGGUAAAAUAAGUCAAGCACAGUGCUGUCCUAGUGCAGUUGUACUGCUUUCAAGCCUGGAGCAGUAGAACAGUGCUGUGCUUCCCCUAUUGAAAGUAUAGCAGUUUUAUCUGGUGAAGUGUGUUCCACUAUGUGAUGUAAUGUACCACAUGCUAGGAAAAAGGAUGUUGCUUUCGGUUUUGGCAGUGCUUGUAGAGUUAGAGCAGAGGCUGUAUGGGAGAGGAAACUUUUCAUGUUUUCCUUUUUCAUCCUCCUGAUGGACUGCUUAGGAUAUUUCUCAUUGAGAUUGUAUUCUGUAACUGCAUUCUUUGGGGAAAACAUGAGGCAUGUUGUGGCAGGGUACAUUUCAAGGUGUUUAUUACUCUGAACAAUAAAAAAUCAAAGAGGGAAUUAUAUUCCAAUAUAUGUUGCCUUAUUUUCUAUUACAGUUCUAAACUUGGAAUGUUGUUGUUUUUCAGAAGUGCUGGUGAUGGUCCUGAUAUUUACAAAGGAAAAAUUUGUUCUUUAAAAGCACGAGCACUGUUGAUUGACAUGGAGGAGGGUGUGGUGAAUGAAAUUCUGCAGGGACCGUUGAGAGAUGUUUUUGAUAGUAAGCAGCUUAUCACAGAUGUUUCUGGUUCAGGAAACAACUGGGCUGUAGGUUACAAGGUGUAUGGCUGUCAGUACCGGGAAAACAUUGUGGAAAAGCUGAGGAAAACUGCAGAACAUUGUGACUGUCUGCAGUGUUUUUUUAUAAUUCAUUCUAUGGGAGGUGGGACUGGAUCUGGUCUUGGAACUUUUGUACUGAAUUUGCUUGAGGAUGAAUUCCCAGAAGUGUAUAGAUUUGUUACUUCAGUUUAUCCCUCCGGUGAAGAUGAUGUUAUUACUUCUCCAUACAACAGUGUUCUGGCUAUGAAGGAGCUUAAUGAACAUGCAGACUGUGUUCUACCAAUAGAGAAUGAACUGGGGUCAACUGUGAAGCCAAACAGCUUGGUAACAUCAAGUGCAGGCACUACAAAAAAAGUGCAAGAAAAGCCAUUUGAUGCAAUGAACAAUAUUGUAGCCAACUUGCUGCUGAACCUGACAAGCUCUGCUAGGUUCGAAGGUUCCCUUAACAUGGAUCUUAAUGAAAUCAGUAUGAAUUUGGUUCCAUUUCCUCGACUUCAUUACUUGGUUUCAAGCUUGACUCCUCUGUAUACGCUGGCUGAUGUUAAUAUACCCUCUAGAAGGUAAGAAAAUUUUGCUGUGGAGACUUUACAGUUGAAGCCUAAUUUCUGAUUCUUCCAUAGUUUCCAUUUACAAAAAAAA